AUGGAUGAUUAAUAUAGUGAGUUAGCAUUUGAUUGUGUCGAAAAUAGUUUAAAGAUUCUCGACAAUUUUAAAAAUUAAACAUUAUUAUCAUAGAAAUUGAAUUAAUUGAAUUAGAAAAUAUGGUGUUUCAAUUCCCUUUUUAAUGAAUUAUAUAAAAUGUCAAUCAAAACAAUAGUAUCUUUAAUAAAGAAUUUUAGAUUAUAAAUUCCUAGAUGUUAUGGUUAUAAAAAAAGAUAAGGUGUUUAUUUAUUUUAAAAUAGACAUAAGCAUUAUCAACUAUCUUAAACUUGGAUGGAACCUUGAAAAUUGGCGUGGGCUAGCCAAAUAUACAGUUUAAGAAAGAGAAUACUUUUAUAUUUAUUUAAAUAUUUAUGAGGAAAUGUAAAGUUGCAUAGAUAUAGAUUUUUAAAUAAUCAUCUCUAGACUCUAAUUAAAUAAUAUUUAUUGA